CCCGGGGCGGAGCGCGGCGCGAUCGCGUCCCGUCGCCGGGCAACGCUCUGCCCCCCUUAGCCAUGUCUGGCCCCGGCCCCGGCCCCGGGCUGCCCGGCCGCUUCCGACAGCCCGCCUUCUACCGCGGCUACGGGCAGCCGGCGCCGCACCCCCGGUUCCGCACCACCAACCAGACCUACGGCAGCAGGGCCCCCACGGUGCACGAGCUGCCGACCUGCUUCCGCGUCAUCUCGCACAAGUUUUCGGAUCACCUGGGCAGGGCUGGCAUGUACAGGAACAACAGCCUCAACACGUCGCUGGAGAAGAGCUACUGCACGGGCCCCGACACCUUCAUCACCGCCUACGAGCACAUGGACUUCCACCCCAGCUACAACCCCAGUGGGCCCUCGCACUGCAGGAACCUGAGCUAGGGAGGGACACCACGGAGCCACCGUCGCUUCUCCCGGUGGGGAAACCACACACAGCUGAGAUGAAACCCACCAAUUCACAAGAACGAGCGUUCCUGGGAAUAAUAUGUUGAUUUAUA